GUCUCUCAGACUCUCACUGCGCCGGAGGUCGAACUUCCUGAGCUUCUUCCUUUUGCCCCGCCUCGAUGAACCGUCAUCGCCUCUCCACCUUCACCCUCCCUUCGGAUGUCCCCGUGUUCUGGCAGUCUGCCGUGGACACAUCUUUGUCCUUCACGACCAAGCACCUGGACGUGUCGAUCUUGAGCGCGCUGCCGUGGGGCCGAUGGUGGCAGUGGCAAGCUUACGUGGCGCUCAGCUUUUGCCUUCUCGAGGUCGCGUUCCAUUGGGCAGAGCCUGCAGAUCGGACCGUGGAGAGCGAGGUUCCAGAUGAUGAGGUAGAGCUGCUGCUCGUUCAAGCAUGGACUACAAGUACGGAAGGAGAUUUUAUGGGGAUCAUAUUUGGGGAAGUGCGCGACGACAAUUUGGGCUCCAUCACAGACGAAUUGCUGGUAUUUUUGGUCCAACUGUUGGACGAUCUGCCACUCGAGAUCGUGUCGCGUUGCGACGAAAGACCAGGAACGGCCACGCUUACUCGCUCCUUGGAACCUCACGUCCUGUGGUCCACGUGUACGGAGUUAGACGAGGGGAGCUACUAUUUGUCAUCGAGGGGCGUGCAUCUGACAGUCGACGUCACCGAUCUGUCCAGGUGGGACCCGCUCGUCCAACGCCCUGAAGGGCAAACAAGCGAGGAGGCACAGGAGGAAGAAGAAGAGUCCGAAGAGUCGACGAAGGAGGAGGAGCGGAACGACGAUCCUGAUUACCGAGAGUCCGAGGACGAGGUGCUGGGAGAGGCUGGAUCGGGGGAAGACAACGAGGAACAGGAGGACGACUCGGAGGAGGAGGCUGGCGAAGAGGAAGCCACGUCGACUGAUUCGAGUGAAGCAGCCGAGCUGACGAGGGAGGAGCAGGAAGCUGAGGACCAGAAACAGCGGGAGAAGGGGUCAAGGACUCAGGACCGCCACCGCGGCUGCCGCAGGGAAAUCCUGCGCUCAAUCUGGAGCCUCCGCGGGAAGAAGACGAGAGAGAUGGAGCCGCCGCAACCGGGCCCUCAACAAGCCGCCGCAGCCGAAGAAAUGGAUCCCCCUCUCAAUCCUCUCCACCCUCCCGUGCCGCCCUUACGUCGAGAUGCGGGCGCUCGGCCUUCGUCCCCAGUCAUUAUCCCAUCAUCCCCAUGACUUCCUCACCGUCCAGCAGCUUUUAGGCCGACCCCCGUUCCCCAAUAGGUGGCAUCCGUUUCCUCUUCCCCUCUUCUAUCAUCGCUAUGCCACUC